GCUAUCCAUCCAGUUGGGCAAGUGACUUUGCUCCGCCAACAAGCGGUCUGACCCUGGCUCUCGGUUGUUCCCGUCUGUUCAUAUCUAUCCGUCUGCCCAUCAGUCGUGAGUGGUGUCUGUUAACCAAGUAUUACCAACGUUGGUCAAAAAUUCUCCCAACAUAUAAAACCACAUCGAAUCAUUUUUCUUUCAGUUGCAUUUUAAUUUUCCCCCCUGUGCGCUAACGAAUAAUACAGUCGCUAUUUAAAAACAAACAAACAAACACAAAACAAGUGCACAUUCCUUAUAUUCACUCUCCAGUUUCCAUUAUUGCAAAGUGAAAAAAUCAAGUGAUAUACACAGCGGCAUCCGUUGAAGGGAUGCGCCAGUCGAUCUAUAUUAUUCCGACUGAUAAAUCAGCAUCGAAGCUCUCCGGCUUGCAAUAUAAAUUCUGCAUCACAAAAGCAACACUCACCGCGCACUUUGAUUGAAACGACAGUCAUGACUAGAUAGAUCAAUUGUGGAGCUCCAGCUGUCGGCAAGCGCCGCCAUUCAGCCACCGACAUGGAUUACAUACGAGAAUUCGACAUCCGCCUGGAGAAAGAAAUGUACUACGCCGGCGAGACCGUCUACGGCGUCGUUAUCCUCGAUACCUCAGAGAACUUCAAACUAAGAGCUGUCCGCGUAGUGCUACGAGGAAGAGCUCAUCUAGAAUGGAAAGUGGUGGUUUCCGGCGACCAACAAUCAAUUAGUGACGACCAGUACUUCAUAGACGAACGAUCGACUAUCUGGGGAAAAGAGAAAGCCGACGGGUCCAUCCCAGUGCUGCCCAGAGGUUAUCACCAGUUUCCCUUUCACUUUUUAUUGCCGGAGAGCUGUCUGCCUUGCUCGUUCGAGAGCAAGAUAGGAACGGUUCGAUACUACAUCAAGGCGACGGUUGAUAUACCGUACGCGUCCCCUCCACAAGGUAUGAAGUACUUCACCAUCAUCGGACCUCACAUCGACUGUAUGGAGGAGCAAUACCUGAAACCGCUCAGUCGACGGAGAAAGCGGAUUUCUUGCUGCCUCUGCUGUAAGAAGGGUCCUCUAUCCCUGAGCGUUCAACUCGACAGGUCUGCUUACGUCAGCGGCGAAAGCUUGCGUUUGAAGGCUGACAUCCACAACCGCAGCGCUGAAGAAGUGCGGCUUCGACUACGUCUCGUCCAGUAUGUGGAGUACACUAUUCACCGAGUAGUUCUCGGCGCCACCAAGGAGCUGCAACAUGUUGUGCUAGAAUAUCGAGGCGAUCCAGUCCAGCCGGGGAGGCGUUCCAAAUUCGAUUCAUCUCAGUCACUGGUGCUGCCAGCCUUACCGACGACGCUAGUUGGCGUCUGUCGGAUGAUUAACGUCUAUUACGCCCUUCACGUCAGUUUGCUGUUGGAGUCGGAGGCAGAGGACUUGACAAUGGAGUUCCCCGUAACAAUAGCCACCGUUCCGUUCCGGAUUCCCAAUUCACCCAACCAGCCAGUGGUUUACUACGAGCCGGCGUGUGAGCAUGUGGAAGGAGGUCGAUAUGUCGGGCCGGAGUUCCAGCUUGGCCAAGUUUACGACGGUGGGCCCAACACUUGUGACGCGGACGUCGUUCUCUAUCGUCCCGUCUAUGUCUGCGUCAGCUCGUUGCGAAGUCACCUGAAAACUGGCAACAAUUUCGCGGCCAAUUGUGCUAAACUGACGCAACAGAACAGCAAGGAUCGAAGCACCCUAUUGGCUGCCACCGCGACUAAUGUUAUCGCUUCGAAUUCACCCGUCACCAAGGCGGCCGUCUCCGCUACAGCCAAUGCCGGGAGCUCGUCAAGCGGUGCACAGCAGUCGACUACGUCUCAAGACUCCUGACAUGUUGCGUCGUGAACGAUUUCCACGACAACUAUAAUCACCGGUUCUUAAUGGCCGGACUCUGUCCAACAGUGUCCCAACACGGAUCAGCAGACGAUUUAAUUCGUUUAUUUUUAUUCUUGGCAAACUUGGUGCUCUUGUCGACCAUGCACAAAGACGAACGCACAUGGAAUUCAUAAGAGACGUUUUGCUGAUGAUGGUUGACUUUUUUUAUAUUUUAUUUUACAUGCCACUGCAUUGAAAUACUUCCCCCAGUCGACUGAGAAAUGCCACGCAAAUUUUUCAAAAAAACCAGUCGAAUCGACAAAUAUACAUACCAAAUAAAACAAAAACAAAUAAUCCCGGAUGCUGGCUCCGAGUUGUUUUGUUCCGAUUCCCCCGUUUUUUCAACGCCAAAUGUGUGAAUUUUUAGUCGAUGAGAGCAUUGAUAUUUCCUUUUUUUUACACAUAGCACGCGUCGUGUUGUUUGUUUUACUUGUGGUAACAGUUAUUAUUUUAGACAGCCUUGCUUCGUGUGGGAGCGGUAAGUAACUGAGUACGGUACAGAUGGCAGUAUUAAUACUACUCAUCCGCAAAGAUCCAGCGGAAAGGAUGUCGGAAACCUGGGCCGGCCCUCGUUCCACAAAUCAGAUAAUCGGAUCUCACUGAAUCCUAGCGAUUCCCAGUGAACUAAAAAAAAAAAAUGUCCAACGGUCUCGCACUCGGUCGACAACAAACCCAACCAAAAUCUCCUAUUUUUUCAUGGUUUUUGGAGCGCAUAUUUAUGAUGAAACAUUGUUUGUGAAUGUAUAACGCAGUUCGGCCUUCUUAUUUGGCCGCGAUUUGAAACGUUCUUUGUCUUAGAUAUUACCCGUGUUUGUUGGUUCUUUCAAGGCCAGACUCUUUUUCUUUCUAAUCUCUUUUUUUACUUUCAUCUUUUCACAAUUCGAAUGUUGCACAUACUUUGGUUUUCUGAUGAGUUAACCGGUUAUUUUUUCUCCCUUUGCCCCUUUGAACAUCUCCUUUUUUUUUAAAUGCUCCCCCAUUUUUGCAUUCGAGUCGUGAAUACAAUCGGACGAUUUCAAUAUUUAAGUGAUGA